UCCACAGGUAACGUCCCCCAGGCACGGAGUUCCUCGUUUGAGUUUAUGUGCGCGGGUAUGUUAGAUAGCAGUGAAUCUUUGACCUGCUGUGUUUUAGGUCAAAUUACCUGUGGAGCUGAACACCCAUUUGGUGGCAUCUACGAUAAUGGACUCCUCUGAAGCAUCUCAUCACCCUUACUGGCCUCGGGACCUUUCAAUUCCCACUUAUGUGGCCAACGAUCGGUCGAUGUCAGAGAUUCUGGUGUUUCUGUUUUCUGUGUCUGGGCUGUUUAUGCUGGUGACCUGGCUGAUCACCGGCCAGGCCACCAGCAGGCUGGGCGCAUGGAGGCGCCUGGCUGUGUGCUGGUUUGCUGUUUGUGGCUUCAUCCAUUGUGUAAUCGAGGGCUGGUUCUCGCUAUAUUAUGAUAUAAUUCCAGGAGAUCAGCGCUUUCUGUCACAGCUGUGGAAAGAGUACUGCAAGGGAGACAGUCGAUAUGCAAUUGCUGAUAACUUUACUGUUUGUAUGGAGACUGUGACUGCUUGGUUGUGGGGUCCAUUCAGCUUUUGGGCUGUUUAUGCCUUUUUAACCAAUAAGCCCUACAGAUUUCUCCUGCAGCUCAUCAUUUCAGUAGGCCAGGCAUAUGGAGCGGUACUCUACUUCUUCACAGAGCACAGAGAUGGCUACGCCCACAGCGAGCUGGGACAUCCAAUCUACUUCUGGUUCUACUUUGUGUUUAUGAACACCCUGUGGAUCGUCAUACCGCUGGCGCUCAUUUUGGAUGCAUGGAAACAUCUGUCAGCAGCCCAGAGGCAAACGGACAGCACAAAGUCUCAGAAGCAUAAGAAGAACUGAGUGUGUGCGUGUAUGGGAGGGGGGGCAUUUAAUACUGCAACAUUACAUCUCUGUCAUUAUGAGACUUUGCUGACAUUCAUAUUGAUAAAGUAAUAGUUCCUUGA